UUUGAUUAUUGAUAACAAAGUAAUUUAUUUUCAUGAUUUUGAUUCUUACAUUUAUAAAGUACUUAUAUACUAAUAUUAUUUAUCUGUAUAAUUACAAGUUUGACGAUAUUUGAAUUUUUCUACGACCUUUAAUUGAUGUGGUGCUGUGAUGACAUUUAUUUACAUGUGUAAGUGUACUGAAACUGUUUAAUCUUGUAAAAAAGUUUACUAAAAAUUAAAUUGGAAAACUAUCACAUGGGCACGAAGGAUCAGUUUGAAAGUAAAUGGUGAAAAAGACAAUCGCUAGCUCAGAGCACAUCAUAACAAUAUUAUAUUAUAAUGAUGGAUGAAGAUCAAUUGUCCAUAGAUGUACUACCCGACGAGAUUUUGCUCAACAUAUUCCGAAUGCUGUCCGCGAAAGAGUUCGUCGUGUACAUGCCACUCGUCUGCGAAAAAUGGUCGCGAAUAAUCGCGUCAGACUCAUGUACACUACAGCGGAUAGGAAUGUACCACGAGAACCGUACCGGAACCGUCGAGUUCUUCUACUUCCGGGAUGAACGCAAACGGUCGGAGAUGUUCCACUGGCCAAUCGACGAUUUUGUACAGUUGUUGCUGCAGGCGUCCAAGGAGAAUCUUAAAUCAUGGCCGGUGGUUUACGAGGACGUGUUCUACGCGUGCACUCGGUACGCGGAGAUCUACAAGCACAUUGCCACGCUGGUGAUCUCGUCUCCUCUAUCCGUGUACGCUACCCAAGGGUUUACGUAUGUCGACGGUCUGACCAUGUUAGUGUUUCACGGCGUCAAGUUCCGGGAGCAAGACCAGUACACGCUCGCCGAAUUGGGCGCUGUGUACGCCAACGUGCUGGACGUGAUAUAUGUUAAAUGUUCGAUAGAUCCGCGCUUCGAUUUAAAGUUUCUGCACAGCGGAUUUAGGUGUCUGCGGCGGUUCCGGGCCGACCACUACUCCCUCAACAUUCAUUUCUUGGAGUACCUGUUGCACACUCACCGCCAGACCCUGGAAACGGUCGAGCUGCGUGACUGCAAGGUGACCGGUGAUCAGUGGAUAAACGUCUUGUCGCAGAGGCUCCGCGGACGGACGAUCAACCGCUUGACCAUGCGCAGUCCGUAUUUCACGGCCAAGCGCGUGGAACAGUUUAUGGCCACUACCGACUUGGUCCUGCCUGAUGAUAAAUCCAAUGUGAUCAUUGAUAAUAAUCGAAUAGGUAGCAGGAUCGAGUUUUUCAUUAACAUCGAUCCCAUUAUAAUAUGAUGAUAUCGUUAAUCAAGUUGUUCGAAACAAAUGAUACAAACUAGAGUAAAAAAUAAAAUAAAAAUCCAGUCUUCGUUCUCGAGCCACGAGUAAGUAUAAGAAAUAAACGAUAUAUUAUAUUAUGCUUCAAAUUUCCGUGCACUUUGCGGUUAUUUAUGCCAUUAAUUAUUACUUCAAACAAUAAAUAGUAACAUCAAAAAAAAAAAUAAUAAGUAAUAAAUUUGUGAUAUUUUUAUAUUUUAUUUUAAGACUUAAGUUCAUGGGUUUAAGUUAAGUGUUAGUUAUAAAUGGAAAAUGUAAAAUUAUAAUAUUUUAUGAAUAAUUAAAUAAUCAUUAUGCAUUUAUA